UAGUCAUUGAUGUUGUGGCUGAUACUUCCAAUGUCCAUUGUACCAUAACUCCAUGUCAUUAGUUUUUCAACAGUGGCUGUUUUAUUACUUAUUUUAGCUGAGUUGGGCUGCUUUUCAUUUUUAUUUCAGCUGACACCAAAUUCCACAGCUAACCAGUAGAGUAUUCCAUGCAGUUGAUUUGAUAUUUUCUAUCACAAAACUCCCAUGCUUCACAAAUAGCUCAAACAAUUCUCUGCUUUCUAAUCCAGGCUGAAAACAUGUUGGAUCCCUUAAUAACUAAAAACAAUAUAAAAUGGUUUUUGUUACCAUACCGACCACCAUCUCAGUAGAUGUUUUCACUUUCGGUUUUGGACUAAGUUUACCACGCAAGUUUAAAACAGCUUCAUUUGUCAAACAGUUUUAUUUGUUGAAAUGCAAUAAAUCUAAAUAAUUUGAGCUUUGGACGCUGAACUUAAUUCAAAAGUCAGUCUAAAUCUAAAUUCUUAAUAUCAAACCAAACUUUUCCAGCCGAUUCGAAUCCGAAUCGACAUUAUUCGUGUUGCCAUUUUAGCUCCGCCGUUUUUCUGGUGUUUAUGAACUCCCAAAUGCGCGCCAAUUAAAGAAGUCAAUAAGUAUAAUCUGGAAAUAUUGCGUCAAAGAGAAAAUAUAAGUAAGACAGGCCAAAUAUACGCACAGUGUAAGUUAAGCGCCAAUUGUGACUUGCAGGUAAGCUCCCAUUUCUUACUUGUCGUUUUAUACCAAACACUUACCUGUUAGCUGCCUGAUAUCUCAUUAAUACUUCUUUAUCAUGUUCAUUCUUUAUCACUCGCUAAACUUACCUAGUACAAUAGAGUAGCUUGAGUCCAUGCAUGCAAUUUAUCUCGCUUUCAAAAAUGUAUUCGCCUGAUUUACCAGGAGUGUACAUAUACCUCCAAUGAAUAUAAGUAACAACAACACUUGCCCUCAUAUUGCCCGGCUAUUGGUGACAUAAACUCCCCGCGGGUAAACAGAUUCAUUGUGAACAGGGUUUUGCAUGUUUAUGAAUUGUUCAUUUUGAAUCGGCCGCGCUGUUCGAUCCCAGUUUACUAUGUGGACCAAUUUGCAUAUUUGCCUCAAAAUUCUUGAGAGUCCUUCCACGCUCGCCUGAGUUUGGACAAUCGGAACAGCUUAACUAAAUCAAAACAUGGCAAACAUAAAACAUAAUUGCCCAAGAGUAGCACCGGACUCUCUGACUGAAUCGGACGAGGAGUAUCACGAAAACGAAGAAGACUCUGUCGACGAUGAUUUUAGUAACUGCUCCAGUUCCAUGACUUUGAAACUUCCCGAAGUCCAAAUAAGUUCAAGCAGCAAUAACUCAGAUUUAUUAAGUGAGCACAUUUACGCACUACCGUUCCCGAAACUGGCAAAUCCAAACGCAGAUACCUUAAAUUUUAAACAUCACGGGGCUACUAGAAGUAACAGUGCGGGUCACGGGAUUCCGGGAGGAUAUGCACAGAGAUUAUCUAGUCCCGAAACUCCGACUCCUGUUAGUAUUUCGAUUACUAAGCCUGCGAGUGCGUUGCCGAGCGUCCCGCCAUUGCAUCGCCGCAACACAGAUACGAUUCUGAAACAUCCAUCGUUGCAUAGACCGAUCACCCCUCGUCCGCAAGUGUCCAAAUAUGGAACGAAUCCGAGAUUGGCAGCUGCCAAAGGUGAUUGGUCAAUGUCGCCUGGCGACUGGGGCACGAGAAGCUUCGGGAGGUUCAAAAAAACCGAGAGUGCAAUUCUGCCGUCGGGUUCCGAGCUGAACAGCAGUGAUAACGAUCAGAACCCUGUGGGAGCCGCCGGUGACUACAUAGACGUUAACGGGCGCAUGUAUUUCAAACGAGGAUCUCUUUUAGAUCAUCCGCUAUUCUCUGAAAAUAAAUUAUACGAGAAAAGGUCUACUCAGAACAAGGUCAAUAAUGGAAAUGUUCCCAGAAACGGGGGAGGUGUGAUGUUGGAACCUGUGCAGUUGUUGGCGUUGCAUGAUAAUGGGCAGCUUAGACCUGUAUCUUUCAUGAGUCAACAAGAGAAUGCGAAUUGUAUCUAUGAAAGUGGGCUGAGAAACUAUGAAAGCGAAGCUAACGGGGUCGGUUCUCAUGUGUCUUCUUCUCAUGGGGGGUAUUCGAUAGCCAACAAGAUCGAUAAAAAUAGAAGGCCCGUUUCGAUGAUAAAUCUUGGAACAAAUAGUAGUUCUGGGGGUCAGAAACACUUGCAAAUAUUGACUCAAUGCUACGAAGUCGAAUCGUCAAAAGAAAACUUAGACGUACCGACAGACAAUUUGGUAUCAAAUGCAAACGAACAAUUAUUAACCACAACUAACACCACAAAUGGUAAUAUCAUUCAUAGCACAACUAGUAAUAAUAAUCUCAACCUGAAGCAAAGUCUGACCUCGACUGUACAGAGUAAAGUGUACACAAACGGGGUUUCAUCAAACGGCAAUCAACAAACCACCAAAUCUGCUAUUAACUUGAAUCAAAGUCAGUCACCGCCGCCUGAAUUGGAACAGCCCUCAAACUACCAACGGUUACUAAACAGUCCGAAAAAGACGCAGAGCUUCAUGGAAACUUACAGCUACCAUGAGAGCACCAGUAUUACUAACUCGUCAGUUAGCGGCGGCAGCACUUAUAUGGCGACAACAAACAGAUUCGAACAGCGCUAUAAGUUCGACCUAAACAGUGACUCCGAGAUCACGUGGGGCGACGCUGAAAUGUCAUUUGGCAUUCAAGUUACGAAAGAACACGUGGUGAACAGAAACUACUAUUACGAUUUUCGAGUCACGGCAACUGAAGGUUCAAACGUCAACUACAGUUCUUCUGAUCGGGAAUUCGAUUUUGUGACCACCAAUUUCCCUCUAGUGGAGACUAAAUUCUUCGAAAGUGAGUUGCGCCGUAUUUACCCUACAGUUGUGAUUCCAGAUUGCCCGCAGUUCACUCCGACUGCAGGAUCCGGAGGUGCUUACUGCGGCACUCUGGCCCUGGAGAUCUGGCUGUCGUGGCUCGGCAGACACCCGGUGGUGGGGAAGAGUCCGAUUUUCUGGCACAUGUUGCGCUAUGCGAAGAGUAAGGACUGGCACAGCCAGAAGAGUUCCAUCCGAAAAGUGGUCAAGUUCAUCCGCAAUCAGAGCACCUCGUCUUCCGUCUUAGAAACAAAUGUAGAAAGUGCAAUAUUAUCGAACUUCGCGAACUUCAUCCAGCAGGAGAAAGUGCAAGCGGCGGCCAUAGAACACAAACUAGUCUGUCUGCUGCAGACAGUCGAGUUGUCACUUAAGCAGCACUCGUUACUCAUCAAGGCUGAGAAGUACAUGAUCAAAACUAUAGGCGAAGAGAUGCGAAACUUCUCCGAAAUAUCCAAGUUGCGACAACCCCACAACACCCCCUGUUCCGACAGCUUCUCAUUUGUCGGACACAAAAUUGCGACUUGCGAAGACAAACUUCACAACGACUGGCUGGAAAGCACGUACAAGUUACGAGUCCAGCUUCAAACCAUUCUGUCUGCCUACAGACGUCUGUUGAAAAUUCUGAACAGCCGAAGUUUAAAACGAUACGUGAAAAUUCACCAAUCAGUGAUGAAAAAACCGAACUCGGCUUCGAAAAGGCCGAUUGAAAGCAACGCCGCAAUUCUAACCUGUUACACUUUCUUAGCUGAGGUGAAUUAUCUCAAGUCGUACGAAGUGGAUCUAGUGUUCACGCCAACUUACCAAUUCGUGAAAGAAAUUCAAACAUCUUUCGAAGAGGCUUCCGAAGAGUUAGCCAGCGCAUUCGAUACUAUUAAAUUCUAAGUUAAAAUUCUAAUAAAACUAAUAACUGCCUUAUGUUUGAUUUUACGUAAAUUUAAGUUAAUUUAUUGCUCGUAGAUUUCGAUAGUCUAUUUCAGAUUUCGAA